ACAAAGAAAAAGAAAAAGAACAAUCUAAAGCUUCGAGUGAUCGAACAUGGCGACGCCGACGCCGACGCCGACGUCGAGCAGGCACCGUCGUCACGCUCGCGACCGGCUGAGCGCUCUCCCCGACGGGAUACUGGCGCGGGUGCUCUCCCACCUCGGCUCCGUCGACGCGGCCUGCGCCGCCAUUCUGUCCCGCCGGUGGCGCCACCUCCCCGCCGCCGUCCCCGUCGUCGACCUCGUCGAGCCCGAGGGCGACCAGAUAUGCGCCGUCGUCGGCAGGCACUCGGCGACGACGCCCAUCCGCAGGAUCCGGGUCGAUGAGUUCUGGCCGCCGCACGACGCGCUCGACCAGGCCGUCGCCGUCGCCGCCGCCACCGGCGGCGGCCUCGAGGAAUUCGACGUGAAGCUCAGGUACCCGGAUUGCUCCAACCGCAGGCUCUGCCCCUUCCGCGGCCACCCUGGAGCCUCCGCCGACUUCGGCGACGACGCCGCGCGCGAGUCGUUCGUCGCCACGCCGCCCCAGAUCCUCCGUUGCGACACGCUGCGCCGCCUGCGGCUCACCAACUGGAGGCUCGACGUGCCGGCGGACGGCGUCGUUUCCAUGCCGUCGCUGGAGUCCGCCUCCCUCAAGAGGGUCGCGGCGGCGGGCGAGGCGGUGCAGAGGCUCGUCUCGGGGUGCCCGAACCUCGCCGACCUGACGCUGGACCAGUGCCCCGGCGUGGACGAGCUGGUCGUCGCCAGCCCGCGGCUCGACAGCUUCGCCAUCACCUGCUGCCACAACGCCCGCCGCGUCGUGCUCCGCACCGAGCGCCUCCGGACGCUGCGCUACAAGGGCGCCCUCCCCGGCGACAACUUCUUCGCCCUCGCCGGCGGCUGCGCCAACGUCCUGGCCAUGACGAUCGAAAUCUGCGGGAGCCUCGCCGGGAAACCCGCCGACGCCAUGACACCCAUCACGAAGCUCAUCGCCCGUUGCACCGGCCUCACAUUCCUCCACAUCCACCUCCGCCCGGCGAUGGCGUACCACGGCGGCGCCAUCGCGCGCGCGCUCCACCACCUCCCCCACCUCCGGCAGCUCGCCCUCAAGGGCGUCAUCAAGGACGACCGCACCGUCCGCUCGAUCUCCACCUUGCUCCGCAGCACGCCGGGCCUCGACGUGCUCACGCUGUCCCUUGUCCGCCCCCAGAAACCGAAGCCAUACUACCUCGGCAUCGACUCCGACGACGACGAGGACGACUACUCGUACAGCGACGACGACGACGCCGCCGCCGCACUGGACACACGAGUACGUCUGCCGCCGGCGCUGUGGGAGGCUCAGGUCGAGUGCCUGCAAAGGCUGAGGAAGAUGAAGCUGCUCAACUACAAAGGGACGCCAUGCGAGAGGAUGCUUGCGAGGUUUCUCCUGUCCAAGGCGUCAGCUCUGCAGCAGCUCGAGGUUACCCUUCCCGCCAAAACCGCGAAAGAUCGCGUAAAGAAGUUGACCGACGAGCUGCGAUUCUGGCGCGCAGACAACCGGACAAGACUGCUGUAUUUCGUAUAGAUUAUGAUUUCUGGUUUUUGGCUUGUAAAAAUCGGCGUACUGAUAGUUAAGAUGAUAGUAUAUUUUAUUAAUCUAUUUUCGUAACUUUUUUUAAAAAAAAUUGUAACUAUUUAAAUGACAUCGCUAAGAAUAUCGUAUAUAGAAGUUUUAUUCCGCACUGGUCAUAUGGAAA